AUGACUUCAGAUAUAAAAGGGUCAUUGUUAUUAGCAUGGCAAGUUAAACAAAAACAUUGUUUGGUAAUAGGCAGUGGUGAUGUUGCAUUAAGUAGAAUAAAUCAUCUUAUUAUUGCUCAAGCUAAAAUUUCAGUUAUAACUGGUUCAGGUCAUAUUCAUCCAACUAUUUUACAAUUAAAUGAUCAACAUCAAUUUGAACAUUUCAUAACUCGUGAUUAUCAAUCAUCUGAUUUGUCAAUGUUGAAGAAAACGUCUACUCAUGAGUUCAAUCUUGAUGAUAUUAAUAAUGAAGAGGUUUAUAAUCAAAUUUCUCAUAAUUUUAAUCAUGAACGAUUUGAAAUUAUAUGUUGUUGUAUUGAUGAUUAUCAAUUAUCAACUCAAAUCUAUUAUCAAUGUAAAUAUCUUCACCUUAAUUGUAAUAUAGCUGAUAAACCAUUGCUUUGUGAUUUUUAUUUCGGAUCAAUGAUUAAUGAACAAAAUUUCCAAAUUUUAAUAUCAACUAAUGGUAAAUCACCUCGAUUUUCAAAAAUUUUAAAAGAUUUAAUCUAUAAGGGAAUUAAUGAUAAUGUUGAAGGAGAUCUAAACUUUGCUAUUGAGAAUUUAGGUAAUUUAAGAUUAAAAUUACGACAAUUGAAAUUACAAAAUAAUCAUGAUUUAAUCACAUUUAAAUUUACUUAA